AUGGCUGACCGCGAGAUCCUGCCCGACAACCUGAAGCCCGUCCACUACAAUGUGUCUCUGCGUGACCUCGAAUUCAAGAACUGGACUUACCAGGGCACGGUGACCAUCGAUUCCGAGAUCGUCAAGCCCACCAAGGAGAUUAUACUCAACACCCUCGAGGUCAACAUCACCAGCGCCAAGGUCGUGGUUGACCAGACCAAGUCUCCCCAAGCCUUCCAGUCCACCAACGUCAGCUACGAUGAACGUGCCCAGCGCGCCACCAUCGUCUUUGAUCAGGUGCUCCCCGUUUCUAAGAAGGCCUCUGUUGUCAUCGACUUUCAGGGCAUCAUGAACAACGAGAUGGCCGGCUUCUACCGCUCAAAGUAUAAGCCCGCCGUCACUCCCUCCAAGUCGGUGCCUCGUGACGACGAGUGGCACUACAUGUUCAGUACUCAGUUUGAGUCUUGCGACGCGCGACGUGCUUUCCCCUGCUUUGAUGAACCCAACCUGAAGGCCACUUUUGACUUUGAGAUUGAAGUACCCGCCGAUCAGGUUGCACUCAGCAACAUGCCUGUCAAGGAGACCAAGCCUACCAAGGAUGGAUGGAACAUGGUUUCAUUCGAGACGUCUCCCGUCAUGAGCACAUAUCUGCUGGCAUGGGCUGUUGGUGACUUUGAGUACAUUGAGCAGCUCACCGACCGCCGCUACAAUGGCAAGCAAAUUCCCGUCCGUGUCUAUACCACGCGAGGGCUCAAGGAACAAGGACGCUGGGCCCUGUGGCAUGCCCCCAAGGUCAUCGACUUCUACUCCGAGAUCUUCGACAUCGACUACCCGCUCCCCAAGUCUGAUCUUCUGGCUGUCCAUGAGUUCACCCAUGGUGCCAUGGAGAAUUGGGGUCUCGUCACCUACCGUACAACCCAGGUUCUCUUCGACGAGAAGACCUCAGAUGCUCGCUUCAAGAACGCCGUCGCCUACGUUGUUGCUCACGAACUUGCUCACCAGUGGUUCGGCAAUCUGGUCACCAUGGAUUGGUGGGAUGAGCUGUGGUUGAACGAGGGUUUUGCCACCUGGGUCGGUUGGCAUGCCGUUGACCACCUGCACCCCGAAUGGCAGGUCUGGGCCCAGUUCGUCAAUGAGGGCAUGGAGGCUGCUUUCCGUCUCGAUGGCAUCCGUGCCAGCCAUCCCAUCCACGUCCCUGUGCGCGAUGCCCUCGAUGUCAACCAAAUCUUCGACUCCAUCAGCUACCUCAAGGGCUGCUCAGCAAUUCGCAUGCUGGCCAACCAUCUCGGCGUCAAAACCUUCCUCGAGGGCGUUUCCAACUACCUCAAGGCCCACGCUUACGGCAAUGCCAAGACCAAAGCUCUGUGGGAUUCUCUGAGCGAGGCUUCUGGCAAGGACGUCAACGCUCUCAUGGGACCCUGGAUCUCCCAGAUUGGACACCCCGUGGUGACGGUUGCCGAGGAGCCCGGCCAAAUCUCCAUCAAGCAGUCUCGCUUCCUUUCCACCGGCGACGUCAAGCCCGAGGAUGACACCACAACGUGGUGGGUCCCUCUUGGUCUCGAGGGCAAGAAGGGAGAAACUGGUGUCAGCGCCAUGUCUCUUCUCCAGAAGGAGGAGACUAUCCGCGACAUCGAUGACGAGUACUACAAGCUGAACAGCGGUGCCACUGGUUUCUACCGUGUCAACUACCCCCCUGCCCGCCUCGCCAAGUUCAGCACCCAGCUCGACAAACUGAGCACCGAGGACAAGAUUGCUAUUAUUGGUUCCACUGCGGAUUUGGCCUUUGCGGGUAACAGCACGACCGCCGCUUUACUUGGCUUUCUCGAGGGCUUUAGCCAGGAGACCCACCCUCUUGUCUGGAGUCAGGUCCUUGACUCUAUUGGCUCUGUCAAGUCAGUCUUUAACGAGGACAAAGAGAUCAAGAAGGGCCUGGAGAACUUUGCUCUGAAGCUCAUCUCCGACAAGGUCAAGGAAGUCGGUUGGGAUGCCGCUGAAAAUGAAGAAUAUCUGACCACCAUGUUGCGCAAGCGCCUCAUCUAUACUGCCGUUGCCAGCGGGCACGCCGAGACCGAGAACGAAGCCCUGCGGCGUUUCAAUGCCUGGCACGAAAAUGCCGAGGCCAACCCUCUCCCGCCAUCUGUGCGACUUCCCCUGUGGCGUGCGGCCGUCAAGAAGGAAACGGCCCGUGCAGUCGAGAUUCUCAAAAACGAGUGGUUCAACACCAAGUCGAUUGAUGGAAAAAUGAUUUGCUUGAAUGCUCUCUCGGCGGCCGAGGAUGAGCAGAUCCUGAGGGAGCAAAUCGUCCCGUUCAACUUCAACCGUUCCCCGCCCAGCAACGCCGUCAACGCCGCUGACAUGCACGUGCUCGGGGCAGGCCUGGCCGGCAACCCCGUCGGCCGCCAGGUGCAGUGGGCUUUCAUGAAGGGCAACUGGGAUGCGUGCGUGGCGAAGCUCGGCAACCCCAUCGUGGUCGACCGAUUCGUCCGCGUCAGUCUGGGGGGGUUCACCGAUGUCUCUGCCGUGGACGACAUCGAGCAGUUCUUCAAGGACAAGGACACCAAGAGCUUCGACCGAACUCUGGAGACGGUCAAGGACAAGAUUCGCGGCCGCGCCGCGUACAAGCGGCGCGAUGGUGCCGCGCUGAAGGAGUGGCUCACCGCGAACAAGUAUUUGUGA